AUAAAGGCUCACUUCCUGUCAACGACACAAACCCGGAAGUAAAAUUGAAGAAAGACUGUUUUGAUUCUACGCAGAAUUUUGAAAAUGGCAGACGAGGAGGACGAGACCGGCUUUGACGAAGAGUUGGACGAGAGCUGCAGCGGCGUGGAUGUGUGCCACGGCCGUCGAAAGAGGCUCUUCUCCAAGGAGCUGAGGUGCAUGAUGUACGGCUUCGGGGACGACCAGAACCCGUACACCGAGUCGGUGGAUAUCCUUGAAGACCUGGUGAUUGAGUUCAUCACAGAAAUGACCCACAAAGCCAUGUCCAUCGGGCGCCAGGGUCGCGUCCAGGUGGAGGACAUCGUUUUCCUCAUUCGAAAGGAUCCCAGAAAGUUUGCCAGAGUCAAAGACUUGCUGACCAUGAAUGAGGAGCUCAAGAGGGCUCGCAAAGCUUUCGACGAGGCCAACUAUGGCUCCUAAAUUGUCAAAGGGAUGAUCAAAUAACAUGGAAUGUGAAUGCAAUUCCGCAUUCACUGUUAUUUGAUCAUCCCUCCUUCCAUCUUUAUACACCCUGGAAUAAUUGCCAGUCAAUAACAGGACACAAAAAAGCAUUCACCUUCAUGUUCACAACUGAUAAACAAAACAUCCAUGAGCGUUAACGUGGAUAUUUUUGGACAGUACAUUCAUACCUUUUUGUGAACUUUUCAUUUUUAAGUCAAUCUUUUGGACCCUGUAACCAUUUUAAAUAAACAUAUGCUUUGUGUACAA